GACCAAACCAACACAAUCGCGCGGAUCAACAGACUCGAGUAGGGGAGAGAGAGAGAGAGAGAGAGAGAGAGAGAGAGAGAGAGAGAGAGAAGGCGACGCGGCAAUCGAUCUGCCCGCCUCACCUCCGGCCACCGACCACCGCCGCCUCCGCGUCCCUCUGCCUCACCUCGACGCCGGCUAGCAUCGCCGGCGAUGGGUUGCUCCUCCUCCGUGCCAGCUCGAAGCACUGGAGGGUUGAACAAUAUUAGCAACGAUAACUCCGCUACUGAUUCAAAGGACUUGCGUGCUAAGUUGGUAUUGCUUGGUGACUCUGGUGUAGGGAAAAGUUGCAUUGUUCUUCGCUUUGUUCGUGGUCAGUUUGAUCCCACUUCCAAGGUAACUGUCGGUGCAUCAUUUUUAUCACAAACAUUGGCUUUGGAGGACUCAACAAUAGUGAAAUUUGAAAUAUGGGAUACCGCUGGACAAGAGAGGUAUGCUGCCUUGGCACCUCUUUACUACAGAGGAGCUGCUGCUGCAGUUGUUGUCUACGACAUAACUAGUCCAGAAUCAUUUAGCAAAGCACAAUACUGGGUGAAGGAACUUCAAAAACAUGGUAGUCCUGAUAUUAUCAUGGUUUUGGUUGGUAAUAAAGCUGAUCUACAUGAAAAUCGACAUGUAUCUUCUCAGGAAGCACAAGAGUAUGCAGAGAAGAAUAAUAUGGUUUUCAUCGAGACAUCAGCAAAGACAGCUGAUAAUAUAAACCAAGUAUUUGAGGAAAUUGCGAAGAGGUUGCCCAGGCCAACGGCGUCUUGAUAAUUAGCUUCGGUGUUUGUUGAAGUGGAACACAUACAAGCUGGUAAUGUGCAUGUAACAUGUCUGUCAGGGCAAAAACUGCUGUAUGGUCGAUUGUUUGGAAAACAAAGGAUACUGUACAGUUUAUCCCAUUGUGUUCAAUCGUAUCGUAUUGUAUAUGUUAAUAGUGCCGUCGUGUAACAUCUUAGUUUACUAAAACAAUCUAAUAUCGGUACUAAAAAAAGUUGCUUA